CAACCCUUUUUACGCACAGCCUGAUUCUUCUGCGCGUUUUGGGGGGGAACUCAUCCACUCCUCCACCUGUCAUCCUCCUUUCGGACCUUUCCCCUUCUUUUUCAAUUGUGAAAGUACGUUUCCAGCAGCAUGGAGCCGUACACGGUCCCCGGGGCGCAGCUCUCCCUGUCCGACCUCUACUCGGUCAUCCCCUACAAUGUCACCUUCCCGGACGAGGGUUUCCUGCCGAACAACGACACCGAGCCUCCGGUUGCCGGGCCACGCAGCGCCGCGGGGCUGAUCAUCGCCAUCUCCAUCACGGCUCUGUACUCCGUCAUCUGCGUGGUGGGGCUGCUGGGAAACGUGCUCGUGAUGUACGGGGUGGUCAGAUACACCAAGAUGAAGACGGCCACAAACAUCUACAUCUUCAACCUGGCCCUCGCCGACGCCCUGGCCACCAGCACGCUGCCCUUCCAGAGCGCCAACUACCUCAUGAACACCUGGCCGUUCGGGGAGGUCCUGUGCAAGCUCAUCAUCGCCAUCGACUACUACAACAUGUUCACCAGCAUCUUCACGCUGACCAUGAUGAGCGUGGACCGCUACGUGGCCGUGUGCCACCCCGUCAGGGCGCUCGGGUUUCGGACUCCGGUCAAGGCCAAGAUGAUCAACGUGCUGAUCUGGGUUCUGUCCUCGGCGAUCGGGGUGCCCAUCAUGGUCAUGGCUGUGACUAAAGUGAAGGAUAACGGUAAGACCGUGUGCAUGCUGAAGUUCCCCGACCCCGACUGGUACUGGGACACGGUGACGAAGAUCUGCGUCUUCAUCUUCGCCUUCGUGGUUCCGGUGCUGGUCAUCACCAUCUGCUACGGCCUGAUGAUCCUGCGUCUGAAGAGCGUCCGACUGCUCUCCGGCUCCAAGGAGAAGGACCGGAACAUGCGACGAAUCACCCGGAUGGUCCUGGUGAUCGUGGCCGCCUUCAUCAUCUGCUGGACCCCCAUCCACAUCUUCAUCAUCGUGAAGACCAUGGUGGAGAUCGACGUCAGGAACCCCUUCGUGAUCGCCAGCUGGCACCUUUGCAUCGCCUUGGGCUACACCAACAGCAGCCUGAACCCGGUCCUCUACGCCUUCCUGGACGAGAAUUUCAAGCGGUGCUUCAGGGAUUUCUGCCUUCCCUGCCGGACCCACGUGGAGCAGCACAGCCUGACCCGAGGACGCAACACCACCAGGGAGCCGGUGUCCGUCUGCGCUCCGUCGGACGCGGGGAAAAAGCCGGCAUGA